GCUACGUUUUAACUUUGUAUACCAAACCUAAAGAAGAGUUAGUUAAAUCUAAACAAAUAUUUCUACAAGUUGAUUAGCUUGUUUCCUAGGGAAGUACUUGAAAAUGGCCUAUUCAAAGGCUUUGCUGCUUGCCCUUAUUGCUGUGACUAUAGUCAUAUGCUCAGCUCGUCAAUUGGCUGAAUCUUCAACCAAUGAGGAAUCACAAUCUGUGGAGGAGUCUAAGUAUGGACACUAUGGUGGCGGCCACUAUGGAGGACAUGGUGGUGGCCACUAUGGAGGAGGCGGGGGCCACUAUGGAGGAGGCGGGGGCCACUAUGGAGGAGGUGGUGGCCACUAUGGAGGAGGUGGUGGACACGGCGGUCAUUACCCACCCAAAGAAGAGGAGUCCGUGGAGGAGUCUAAGUAUGGACACUACGGACAUGGUGGUGGAUAUGGCCAUGGUGGCGGUUAUGGACAUGGUGGUGGAUAUGGCCAUGGUGGCGGUUAUGGACAUGGUGGCGGAUAUGGCCAUGGAAGCUAUGGACAUGGUGGACAUGGUGGUCACUAUCCCCCAAAGGAGACAAAAACUUCCCAAGAACAAAAGGGUAACUAAUGAGUAGUGGCUAUAAAAUGUGCUGAGUAUCGAUAUUUAUCAUAUGUGGAUUAUGUAUUGAUCAAAGAGUUGAGUACUUCUUGUAUGUUGGUAAUGUAUUGGUUAUCCUUUUUUGUACCGCUUGUAAUUUACAAAUUAUGCAAUGUUAAAUUAAUAAAAUUGGAUGUGGUAUUUGAAGUUAA